GACGAGUAGUGAAUAUAAAGAUCGUAUCGCAUGCCAGUAUACGCUUAGGUGUAUCAUUAUAACCAAGUAGUUAAACUAAUAUUAAAUUAAUGAUGGAGGUCUACAUCACAAUACUGAUUAUUGUCACAAUUUGUAUCCUAUUCUCUGUCUGCGGAUGGUGCUGCAAACGGCACAAGCAAGGAAUUGUCUAUGGAUAUACUCAACAAGCUGUCCCAACAACAAAUCAAAAUAUUGUGAUACAAUCCUCAACAACAGUUCCACCGUAUCCAACGGAUGUGAGACAUCCGACACCCCACGUGAUUCAACCACCAGCUCCAGGUUUUUCUGUUCCACCUUCUAAUAUGUAUCCACCAAACACAGCGCCUGGUUUCUACUUUCCUCCUCAAAUGGGUAUGCCAAUGGGUGGUGGAUACCCUCCAGCUGCAGGUUUUAUGCCAACAAAUGCGUACCCGCCCCCAGCGAUGAACAAUCAUUCGGCGCCGCCUCCAUCCUACACGGAGGCAGUAGGCUCCGGAGGAAUGCCACACCCCAACCCAAUACCGACCAAUGAAAUGUACGCCAAACAAAUGCCAUACAAUCCAAACUACUCAUAAUCAUACUAUAUAUUUUUUUUUCGGAAUGAUGAGUGCCUACAUCCAAAUAUUCUAAAAAUAUUAAAAAAAAAACACACACGCAACUUUGUUUAUCCCAAACAUUUAUGAAUAGUUGUACUGACUGUGAGUGUGAGCUUUAAUUUCAUUUAAAAAAGAA